GCUGAGGUGCUCACAGGAGGGGGAGAUGGAAAUGUCAUCAAUUCUUGAGCCAUCGCUCUUUGUCUGAGACACUCAGAGAGGAAGCCCAGAAGUAAUAGCUCAAAAGACAUUUCCUAUGAGCAAGAGGAUAAGAACAUCCUGCAACAAUGGGACAAGCCCUGGCUAUCAAGAGUUGUGACCUGCAGGCAGCAAGAAACAAUGAGGAACACCACACCAAGGCCAUUAGCUCUCAGCACCUCAUUGUGAGGAGGGGGCAGCCCUUCACCAUCGUUCUGCACUUCCGCACUCCCAUCCAUAAGUUUCUGCCUAACCUAAAGAAGGUGGCCCUUGUUGCACAAACUGGAGAGCAGCCUUCCAAGGCCAAUGGGACCCAAGCCACCUUCCCAAUUUCCAGCCUUGGGGACCGGAAGGGGUGGAGUGCGGCAGUGGAGGAGAGAGAUGCUGAGUCCUGGACCAUCUCUGUGACCACACCUGCAGCUGCUGUCAUUGGCCACUACUCACUUCUGCUGCAGGUCUCAGGCAGGAAGCAAUAUCUUUUGGGCCAGUUUACACUGCUCUUUAACCCCUGGAAUAAAGAGGAUGCUGUGUUCCUGGAAAAUGAGGCUCAACGCAGGGAGUACGUGUUGAACCAGAAUGGUCUCAUCUACCUGGGAACAGCCGAUUGUAUCCAGGAAGAGUCCUGGGAUUUUGGCCAGUUUGAGAGGGAUGUCAUGGACCUCAGCCUGAGCUUGCUGAGCGUGGACAAGCAUGUGGAGAAGUGGAGCCAGCCUGUGCAUGUGGCCCAAGUUUUGGGCGCCCUGCUGCAUGCUCUCAAGGAGAAAAGCAUCCUGCCCACCCCACAGAUCCAGGAUGUGGAGGAAGGGACCUCACUCAACAAGCGCCGUGGCAGUGUGCCCAUCUUGCGGCAGUGGCUCACUGGCCAAGGCCGGCCUGUGUAUGCUGGUCAGGCCUGGGUGCUGGCUGCUGUCGCAUGCACAGCACUGCGAUGCCUGGGAGUCCCUGCCCGUGUUGUUACCACAUUUUCCUCAGCCCAGGGCACUGGUGGGGACCUGCUGGUGGAUGAAUACUACAACGAGGAGGGGCUGCAGAAUGGGGAAGGCCAGCGGGGCCGAGUCUGGAUCUUCCAGACUUCCACGGAGUGCUGGAUGAAGCGUCCUGCUUUACCCCAAGGGUAUGAUGGAUGGCAGAUUCUGUAUCCAACUGCUUCUAGUGGAAGUGGAGUCCUGGGGGCCUGUGAUCUGGUCCCUGUCAAAGCAGUCAAGGAGGGGAGCCUGGGACUGACCCCUGCGGUGUCACAAAUUUUUGCCUCGGUGAACGCUUCGUGUGUGGUCUGGAAAUGCUGUGAGGAUGGAACACUGGAGCUGACCAGCUCCAACACCAAGUAUAUUGGCAACAGCAUCAGCACCAAGGCUGUGGGCAGUGACCGCUGUGAGGACAUCACACAGCACUACAAGUACCCUGAAGGCUCCCUUCAAGAAAAAGAGGUGCUGGAGAGAGUCCAGAGAGAGAGAAAAGAACAUGGGAAAGAUAAUGGCAGUCAUCCUCCCAGUCUUGAGAUGGCUGACCCACUGUACCUGUUCUUGGAAGCACCUAGCUCCCUCCCCCUGAGGGGGAAUGCCCAGCUCACAGUGACCCUGGUUAACCCAAGCGACCAGGAGAAGGUCGUGCAGCUAGCAAUUGGCGCCCAGGCCAUGUAUUACAAUGGGAUUCUAGCUGCUGAGCUCUGGAGAGAGAAGCUGUCGCUCACACUCAGUGCCAACCUGGUUCAGAAAAUAACCACCAGCCUAUCCUUCUCCUACUUUGAGCAAAAUCCACCGGAGAACAGCUUCCUCAGACUCACUACCAUGGCCACACACUCCAAGUCCAGCCUGAGCUGCUUUGCUCAGGAAGAUGUCGCCAUCUGUAGACCAUGGCUUGCCAUCGAGAUGCCAGAGAUAGUAGAGCAGUACCAGCCUCUGAAGGCCUCAGUCAGCAUCCAUAACAGCCUCGGUGCCCCCAUGAAGGACUGUGUGAUCUCCAUCCUUGGAAGAGGACUCAUUCACAGAGAGAGGAACUACAGGAUAGGGCCUGUGUGGCCUGGAAACACCUUGUGCACCCAGUUCCAGAUCACACCAACACAUUUGGGGCUCCACAGGCUCACGGUGGAAAUGGACUGCAACAUGUUCCAGAAUCUAACCAAUUACAAAAGUGUCACUGUGGUGGCCCCUGAACUUCCAACUUUGUCAUCUUUCUCCCUAAGCCACCCCUGACAUCACAAAUCUAACAAAAACAUGUACUGGCAAGGAAAACUCUGCUCAUCAAGACAACCAAGUCUUUACUCAAGUUGAACAGAAGAGCACCCAAGAACCAAACAGAUUCCCCAAAACUAACAAAUAAGGCACAGAUUUCUUUCACCCCAGCUGAAGGCAGCCCUGGGAACUGGUUUUCUUGAGUAGAAACAGCUGGACUUGAGUGACCAAAGGAAACUUUUGAAAAAUCAUCCAGAUUUUUUGGUAAAGUUGUUCAGCUACCUUUCCAGAGCACUGAUUCUUCAGAGUUUUACUGCUCAUUAAUAUAUUCCCUUGAAAAAUCUAAUGUUGAAAUCAUUAGCUGAUUUCUGGUGAAGCGGGACAAUACAAGUUAAUGAAAUUUUCAGUUAAUUCUCAAAGUACUCUGAGCCAUUCUAUUCCUGACCAUUAUACUUAAAGUUCUAAAUAUGAGAGGUCACAGCAGACAUUGUGGUACAGUAACUUAAGCUGCUGCUUGGGACAUCUAGAUCCCAUAUUGGAGGGAUGAUGGGAUUCCAGCACCUCCACUGCUGAUAUACCUCUCUGCUCAUGUGCCUGGGAGAGACUGGAUGAAGGUUCAAGUAAUUGAGUACCUGGUGCCCAGAUGGAAGACUCAGAUGGAGUUCCUGGCUCCUGGCUUCAAUUUUGUCUGGCCCCAGCUGUUGCAAGCCAUUUGAGAAGCGAAUCAGCAGAUAGAUUUUUCUCUCUUCCUGCCACUCUGCCUUAAAAUAAAUAAAUAGAUAAAUUUUUAAAACAAACAAAGAAAAGAUCCAAAGACAACUGAAUAAAUUAUCCAACAGGAUCACAGAACUUUCUAGAUUCAGCUUUGGAUAAGUCUUUAUUAAAGCCCUAUGUUCAUUAAGUAUUCCAUAGUUAAAAAGUGGUAGAGAUGUUAGCUGGGGAGUUUGGGUCAGAUGACAGAGAUGUAGAGUAGAACUGAACAGGGUAUAGGAGUACAUGGGAGGGGUAGGUCUAAAGUCUAAUGUUAACGACUAGAUCUGUAUUAAUAAUUAGAUUUAUAUUCUAUUGUAUGUCAUCUAAUAAUAUAAAAAUAAAAAUAUAAAAA